AUUGUUCCUUUCGCUUUGUAAACAAUAAACAAAGUUUCGUGGGGCUUUUAAAAUAACGACUCGUUGAUCUUUAAUAUUAGUUCAUUUUAAAAGUUUGCAUUUAUUGUUUAUAAAUAUGACUGAAAAUCCUGAUGCAAAAAACAUUAUUAAAGGCCGCGACUUCUUAUACCGCUUAAUGAUAAGCCAACUGUUCUACGACGGGCACCAGAGCCUGGCGGUGGGGCUGGCGGCGGUGGUGCAGGCGGACCCGCCCUGCCCCCCCUCGGACCGCCUGCUGCACCUGGUGCUGGUGGGACUGCAGCACGAGCCCGACCGGCAGAGCAAGGCCAGCGCGCCGCCCGCCCUCGACAGCCUGCUGGGGCCCGGCCUCGACCUGGAGUACGAGACGGACGUGGACACCAUGGCCCCCGAGCCGGCGCUGUACGAAACUGCGUACGUCACGUCCCACAAGGGCAACUGCCGUGCGGGCGCCUUCAGCUGUGACGGCCAGCUCAUCGCGACGGGUAGCGUGGACGCCUCCAUCAAGAUCCUGGACGUGGACCGCAUGCUGGCCAAGUCGGCUCCGGACGGGGGCGAGCCCGUCGGAGACACCCAGGGACACCCGGUGAUACGCACGCUGUACGACCACCUGGAGGAGGUGACGUGCCUGGAGUUCCACCCCCGCGAGCCCAUCCUGGUGUCCGGCAGCCGCGACUUCUCCAUCAAGCUGUUCGACUACAGCAAGACCUCUGUGAAGAAGGCCUUCCGCACCAUCACGGACGCCGACCAGAUCCGCUGCAUGUCCUUCCACCCGACGGGGGACUACCUGGUGGUGGGCACGAACCACCCGGUGGUGCGGCUGUACGACGUGAACACGGCGCAGUGCUACGUGUGCAGCGUGCCGAGUCACCAGCACACGGGCGGCGUUACCUCGCUCAAGUAUAGCGUGGACGGGAAGCUGUGCGCCUCCAGCAGCGUGGACGGCAGCAUCAAGGUGUGGGACGGAGUGUCGAACCGCUGCGUCAACACCUUCCUGAAGGCACACGAUGGGGCGGAGGUGUGCUCCGUCUGCUUCACCAGGAAUGGCAAGUACCUGCUGUCGUCCGGCAAGGACUCGCUGGUGAAGCUGUGGGAGCUGUCGACAAGCCGCUGUCUGAUCGCGUACACCGGCGCCGGCACCACUGGCAAGCAGGAUCACAAGGCACAGGCAGUGUUCAACCACACCGAGGACUACGUGCUGUUCCCGGAUGAGGCGACCACGUCGCUGUGCGCCUGGAACUCGCGCAACGCGUCGCGCAAGCAGCUGUUGUCCCUGGGGCACAACGGACCGGUGCGGCUGAUCGCCCACUCGCCCAACGCCCCGGCGUUCCUCACGUGCUCGGACGACUUCCGCGCCCGCUUCUGGUUCCGCCGCAUGCCGCUGCACUAGAUGCCAGGGGACACCGGCUUGUUUUGUACCACUCACCCUGUCCUCUUUUAUACAAGAUGUACAUGGCCAUGUGUAGUAAUAUCUGACAGCUGUCAGCUAUGUCCAUUGCUGUGGAUGCAUGUGUCCUCACCUUGCGUGGCUGUGACAGCUGAUGCAACAAGCCAUUCAAACUGGUGGAAUGCAAUAUAUACUUAUGUUCACCAAUUUAUAAAUUGUCUGAUUUAAGAUUGAUUCAUGGAGAACUUGUCAUUGUACGGCCCGUUGCACACAAACCCAUGAAUGUCAGAAGAUACUUACUAAAUUCCAUUAUUAUUUGUAUUGCGUUCCAGACUAUAUCCAUGAAUUGCAAACAACUGUAAUUUGUUUUUAAGAGUUUUUUUUUAAAUUCACGUACUGCAUAAUUUAAGAUAUUUGCAUUCAUUACGAACAUUUUUUUCACCAAAUAUCAACUAAUAGUUCGUGGUUUCAAAACUUUGAAGGCUACUUAAUUGAGUCUAUUAAUUCACAAAAAUUCUCUAACAUUAUGACAUUCAAAAUAUGGUUUUUCACGUCGUCACAUAUUUAUAAAAAUCUUACGGACCGCAACGAAGAAUUGAUUGUUUUCUAAAACUGGGAAUAAGAUAAAAAAAAUUAAAUAUUUUUACUUGUAAAGUAAAACGUCCAUUAACGAAUAUUCUAUUUAACGAAAAAAACCAUGCAACGAAAUAAAAUUUUGGUCCCGCCGAACUGCCAGAAGAUCAAUGCUGUUUUAACCUCUAAAUACCGAAUUUUAUUUGUUCCGAAAUAGUGAAAUUCCCUUUACAACGAACUGCCGCUUUUGAAAAACACACAAAAAUAAACAUCUCCUACAAGCCAUCCACUAAUUUUUUUGCAUUCACUGCUUUAAAAAUACGUGUGUAUAACCGUAAAAUAAUAUGCACCAUCGCGGAAGACAAUAAAUAAACAAAGCAUCAUGGAUAACACGUCGUGUAUACAUACCACACUUUGUUCAAAAUGGCGGGUACAUUUAGCGUUAGUGGCGGAAACCUCUCGUACCAUCGAUCUGGCAAGACGAACUAGUAUAUUUUACGUUUCUAUGGUUAAAGAUGCGCACACGCAAAUAUUUUUAUCUAUGGGGGAGUACAAUUUCCGUUUUUUUUGUUUUCACUGUUGUUUAUUUAUUUCCACACGUAGUUACGGAAAUCAACACGGUACUACUGUAAAAUGAAUUCUAAUCCUAAAAAGCGGCGACAGAUUGACGUUAAAAUAAAAUUAGAAAUUUUAAAUUCAGUUGAUGAAGGUGGAAAAAAAAGUGAUAUAGCUAAACGUUUCGACAUCCCGGUGUCUACACUUUCGACCAUAUUAUCCAACAGGGAAUAGAUCGAAAACAACGCUAGGAACAAUUCGAAAACUUGUGAAAGUAUGUAAAAAUGAUGAUUUGGACAAGAUACUUUUUGACUGGCCAAUGGAGGCUAGGGCAUCUAACAUCAACGUCUUAAGGCCAAUUUUACAAUAACUGGCACGCCAGGAAGCACUGGGGAUGGGAAUUGAUAAUUUCCAAGCAUCAAAUGGUUGGCCAUUAAACAAGUGUAUUCAAUGUGCUUUUUCAUGUUUAAUUCCUCAUAUCGUAGUAAACAGUCAGAAAGACAGUUCUAGCCAUUUAUGUGAAGCUUUAUGAUGACUAGAAAUAUAUUGUGCGAAACCUCCAUUUAACAAACCCCUUUACAACAAACACAACAAAUUUUGGUCCCUUGAGAUUUGUUAAAUAGAGGUUUCACUAUACAUAAAAAAUAAUAAUUUUAAAUUGCAAUAACUAAACUACAAAUAAUUUUUUGACCUACUUCCUGAAGAAAAAGUGCAAGCCAAAAGCACUGCCCAAUUCUGUGAAGAACAAAAUAAUGUCAGCAAGAACAUGUGUGCACUGACGAUACAUUGUCAACUUUGUAUUCUAGGUCUCAGAUCACACAAUAUACUUUACGAACACGGGAUA